GCGCCCAGGGAGCGGCUGCGCGGAGCCCGCCGGCCUGUCACGUGGUCCCCGAGCAGGGCGGGGGCGGGCCCGAGGGGCGGAGCCGCACGGCCGGGUUGCCCGGGAGCGCCGUGGCCAUGGCAACGUUUGUAAAGCCCGCGAGGGCGGAAGCGGGGCCGGACCUGAAGGGGAAGCGGCGAGGCGACGGGAGGAGGCGGGGGAGGGUCUUAACCUAAAAUAAAGAUGACUGCAAGAGAAACAGCUAUGAGCAAAGGGACAAUUAUUCCUAAAUCCUGGAAGAGCUUACUUUCAUUUGAUGUAAAUGCAGCCUCUCCACAGCAAAGAGAGAGGUAUCUGGCAUUUGCUGAGCCCACUGAGGAACCAGUGAAAUCCAUGCUGGCUUCAGACAUUCUUAUGAUGGAUAAAAUGUCACAUAAGCACUCCAUGUGUGAAAGAGACGCAGAGCAAAAGAAGCAGGCAAGGAUCAUUGGGCUGCUCAAGGCUGCAGAAGCCCGGAACCGCCUUCGAAACUUGAGACUCCGAUUUCAGAACUUGAGAGCUCAGGAAAUAAACCAUCUGAUAUCCUGCCAGAAAACUGCCAGAGGUGCUGUGAGACUGGAGGUGUUUCUCCCACCCCGAAAGAACAUUCAGAAACUAGCAGAUAACUUGGACAGAGUUCAGAGGAGUAGAGUUGAAGCGAUACUAGAAGAUGAAAAUGGUGAAAUAUUCAUUAGAAGAACCUGAAACCUUGGAGGAGCUAGUUAGAAUAAUGUACCAUAGUGACUGAACUGGGAGUGAGCCCCUAGGAGAGCCACAGGUUGUCUCAGCUACUGAUAAUUACAGUUAAAUAAAUGACUCCAGUUUCUUCUCAUGGGCAUCCAAAGAUGUGCAACAAUUUAAACUAUGACAGGCAGAUCCACAGAACUUACCAAGGAAUGGAAUAUUCAGCAUGGUGGGCCAAAUUCUAACUUCUCUUACACGGAUAUAAAUCCAGAAUUACUUGAUUGACUUCAUUCUGCUUACCCCAGCAUUUCUGAGGUCAGAAUUUGACCUUGCAGCCUUCCUCAGUAAGGUACUCACUCGAUUAGCUGGAAAUAGGGACCCUUUAGUGUUAAGCCAAAUUGUAUGUAUAAAAUGACUUUCAGCCUUUACUAUAUAUGAGUGAGAAACAUCAUUGCCAUUACCAAUGUUUUCUUGUGGUCUGUCCUUGGCCUUGUAAUAUUAAAACUGAAGUAUUGAAACGCUGCUUGCUUACAUAAUCAUGCCUGUAAUGUCCUUUAGUCUGAUGCCUCCACAACUUAUAGACAGCAGGACAACCCUGCAUGUUUUGAGGUGUGUCAAAUAUUACCCUGUAAAAACCCUGCAGUAAAGGUAACAAUGGAUGCAACAAA